AUUGGAUCACAGCAAUUGAGGUGACCUUCUCCACCAAGGUGAGAAGUUUUCAAAGUGACAGGGGGGCAGAAUUCACUGGGUCAGCAUUGCAGAAUUUCUUCCAACAGAAGGGAAUCAGCCACCGGCUGACAGCGCCUCACAGUCCACAACAGAAUGGAAUUGCGGAGCGGAAGAAUCGUACUUUGCAGGAAUCAGUGUCUGCCAUUCUUUUUGAUGCAGGGCUACCCCAGCGCUUUUGGGCCGAAGCCUGGAGAUUUUCAAUUUUUGUACAGAAUAGAGCGUUCAAUUCAGUGGUAGGGGACACACCCUAUUUCCUGCUGCACGGUAAGAAGCCCAAGGUGCAUUUCUUACGUGUGUUUGGUUGUGAGGCCUGGGUCCUCAUCCCAAAGGCUCUACGCAGGAAGGGUGAGCCAAGAUCCAAGAAAAUGAUCUUUGUGGGGUAUGAACCUGGCUCAAAAGCUUGGCGUUUUGCAUAUCCGAGUGGGAAUCAGUCUAGAUUGGUAAUCAGAAACAGUGCUGAGUUCUGUGAACAGGCUGGGUGGACGCGUCUCCAUGGUAACCCAGACGUGCUUUCACAGCAGUUCUUUGACUCAGAUGGGGAGGAGGUAGAAGAACCUGUUGCUGAGGACCAAAGUCCAGAGCAACAGAGUCCGCCGCAGGGACAGAGUCCACAACAGGGGCAGCUCAGGAUCCCUCAGAGGGGGAGGCCCAGAACACUUCCUCAAACCACUGUCAAGCCUGAGCCAAAGAGUGAGCCUUCCUCACCUGCAGGACCGGCUGUCAGGUUCAAAAGGCGCAGCAGGUCAGAGGGGGAAGUUUCUGACACUGAGGAUGGUAUUGCUGGCACUAGUGGGUCAGAGGGGGUUCCAGGAUUCACACUGAAGUCAGCGAGGUCAACGAAGGGCAAGCCUCCUGACAGGUUCGAGGCCACUAGUGUGUGGGUUGGUGUGGCUAGAUGUGAGCCUGAAACAUUUGAGGAUGUUCAGAAGUUGCCUCAGGAGGAAGCCAGCAAAUGGCAUGAGGCAAUGCAGAAAGAGAUGAGAUCAAUUGAAUCUCUGGGUGUGUUCUCGUUCACACAGUUGCUGGCUGGCAAGCAGGCUGUGAGUUGCAGAUGGGUUUAUCGCCUUAAACCCACAGAAGCUGGAGAAUCACAGUACAAAGCGAGGCUAGUUGCCAGGGGUUUCACACAGAGGAAAGGGAUUCAUUUCACGGAAGUGUAUUCUCCUACUUCCAGAAGUGAAACUCUGCGGCACAGAGAGGAUGGAAGGUAAACCACUUUGAUGUGGAUGUUGCCUACUUGAACUCAGAUCUCCAGGAAGAGUUGUACAUGCUUCCUCCUCCAGGGUUUGAGAUCAAUGGGCAAGGCAUUGUGUGGCGGUUGCAUAAAUCCAUCUAUGGAUUGCGUCAAUCUGCCAGGAACUGGAAUGUGUGCCUGAAUGAAGCCUUAGAGAAGCUAGGUUUCAGGAGAAGUGUUGCUGAUAGUUGCCUGUACCUGAAGGGGUCAGGUGAGACACAGGAAGUGCUUUUAAUUUUGUUGACGAUCUUUUAUACCUUGCACAGACAGGUAAGCAGGUAGAAAAGUUCGCCAAGGAGCUUGGCAAAAGGUUCAAGCUCAAGCAGCUUGGAGCUGUUCAGACGUAUCUGGGCGUGGAUGUGUCACGCACAGAAGAUGGAAGUUUUUUGCUCAGCCAGAGAGGCAAAAUUGAGCAACUGCUUCAGAAGUUCAGGAUGAGUGAUUGUGCAGGUGUCAGAAGUCCUAUGGAGACUGGCUACGUGAAAGAAAGCCAGCAAGCAGAACGCGCUGUGUUCGAAAAUGCUGACAUCUUUCAGUCAGCUCUAGGUAGUUUGCUGUAUUUGUCCCAGUGGAGCAGACCAGACAUCGCGUUUGCUAUCAAUCUGCUCAGCAGGGAGGCUUCAAGUCCUAGUGUACAGGCCUGGAAUGGCAUCAAGAGGGUACUGCGGUAUCUGCAGGAUACCAAAGAUUUUUGCCUUAAUUUGUCAGCUCAGGGUGAGGUCAAGCUGACCUCUUGGGUGGAUUCGGACUGGGCUAAUCUUCAGGAUCGCAAGUCCGUGUCCGGCCUAGUGGUGAAGUUUGGGAACUCAGUAGUUGGGUGGAGGUCCCGAAAGCAAAGUCUCAUAGCACUCUCAUCCACUGAGGCUGAGUUCAGUGCACUUUCUGAAGUGUGCAGAGAGUUGGAGUUCUAUGCUUGUUUGGUCCAGGAGCUCUGUGAAUUGAAUUGUUUGCCCAUCACGGUUUUCGAGGACAACCAACCAUGCCUGAAAUUGGCUGAAUCGAGGCAAUUUAAGGCCAGGACAAAACAUCUAGACAUUCGCUUCCAGAAUGUGUGUCAGAGUGUUCAGGAGGGAUUGGUUGUGCUGAAGUACUGUCCCUCAGCCAAGAACCUCGCUGAUGGUUUCACGAAACCACUAACCUUCCAGCGGCAUGGAGAGUUCUGUGAAGGUCUGGGUUUCGGGUAAGCAUUGGUGCUUGUUUCCCCCCCAGUGCGGAACAAGAGGGGGUGUAGAGUAUGGUGGUUAUAGGGUUAACCUCCUUGUGUUCUGCUCUGGGGGCAGGAGCGUUCAUGCGAUGCUGCACUGUACGUCACAGUUCUUUGUUCUGUGUGUGUUUGGUUUCACUUUUCUCCGGGAGCGAAAGGAGAAAGACACGAUGUGUUUUAGCUCUGAUGGAAUGUGUUGCUUUGCUUGUAAAUAAAGCUUUUAGAUAGAAGAAGCCGUGCCUGGACUAUUUUCACUCCCUCUGCUCUCACACGAACGACUGCUGCAUCUCUGCAAUUUGUUUUUCUACCUAGGUCGUAUUUCUCAGAGCUUGCGCAGGAGAAGCGGCCGGACGGAGAAAGACAUAAAUCUUGCAAAUAAAGCACCCCUUAUUAUGUGAAUUACAAAUCCUCUAUGUAUUUUCACUUUAUUAUACCAAAGAUAGGAGUGCCAUCCAUAUCUGUUGUUAUACCCUUCUAAAUCCAGCAGGUCCGUAUUCUCCAAUAAUAUCCAGCCUUUUAUCCAACACAAACAAGAUGCUUCAUAAUAAAGUAAAUCCUCCUCUUUCUUUCUUGUCAGUCAAUAAUUGAAAUUUUAUCCUGGGUUUCCCCCCCGCCAUAUAAAUCGUGACAGGACUUUUUGCCAUUCUUGAAAUUGUGUUGACCCUUUAAUAAUGGGAAUCGUUUGAAAUAAAAACAUCAUCUUUGGUAAAAUGUUCAUUUUGAUCGUCGACAUUCUGCCACUCAUUGAUAAUUUUAAUCUAUUCCAUAUAUCUAAGUCUCUUUUAAUUUCUUUCCGUAUAAUUAUCAUUAAACAAAUUAAUAUUCUUUGCCAUUAGCCAAAUUCCCAAAUAUUUUGCUCUCUUUACCACUUUGAUUCCACACUUUUGUUCCAGCAAUUCUGUCUCAUUUCUUCCCAUAUUUUUGACCACCAUUUUUGUCUUUAUUUUAUUCAGUUUAAAUCCUGCAAAUCUACCAAAAUCUUCAAUUUCCUCCAUUGCUUUUAUAAAACCUGAUUGUGGUUCUUCUAAGGUUAAUACUAAAUCACCGGCGAAAGCCUUUAACUUAAAUUAUUUUACUCCAAUUUUAAUGCCUCUUAUUUCUGAUAUCUUUCUCAGAUUAUUGGUUAACACCUCCAGUACCAUAAUAAACCGUAGUGGGGAUAAAGGGUACCCCUGUCUGGUACCCUUAGUAAUAUCAAAAGACUCUGUUAAAACGUUAUUUACAAUUAACUUGUCUCUCUGUUUGGAAUAAAUUGCCUCUAUGCCCCUCAUGGGACGCGGGUGGCACUGUGGGUAAAACCUCAGUGCCUAGGACUUGCUGAUCGCAAGGUCGGCGGUUUGAAUCCCCGCGGCGGAGUGCGCUCCCGUCGUUCGGUCCCAGCUCCUGCCCACCUAGCAGUUCGAAAGCACCCCUAAGUGCAAGUAGAUAAAUAGGUACCGCUUUAUAGCGGGAAGGUAAACGGCACUUCCGUGUGCGGCGCUGGUGCUGGCUCGCCAGAUGCCGCUUAGUCACGCUGGCCAUGUGACCUGGAAGUUUCUCCGGACAGCGCUGGCUCCCGGCCUCUUGAGUGAGAUGAGCGCGCAACACUAGAGUCGGACAUAACUGGCCCGUACGGGCAGGGGUACCUUUACCUUAUGCCCCUCAUGAAAGCUCCCCCUACUCCCAUCAAUCCCAUACUUUUCAUCAAAAAUUGCCAAGAAACAUUGUCGAAAGCUUUCUCCGCAUCAAUAAACAUUAAAGCCGCUGGUUUAUCAUUUCUAAUCUCUAAGUAUUCUAUUAUGUUUACAAUAUGUAUCACAUUAUCUUUUAAUUGAUGUUCAGGCAAAAACCCUGCUUGGUCUUUAUGGAUACCUCUUUUAAGAUUUGUUUUAAUUGGACUUCCGGCGGAGCCGCGGCCAUGAAAAGAAGCGCGAGAUAACCCUCUGGGGGGGUUUCGAGCGGUGUGGGGGUUAUUUGAGAGGUUUUGCGAAGGCUACGCGGACCUUGGAACCUCAGGAAGAGAUCCUGAGGGACGUGGUACUCAGCGGUGCCCAGAAGUGCUCUCUUGCUCCCUGGGUCUUAAUAACAGACUUGGGGACGGGAUUGAGCUGCGGGCACGAAGGGGGGGCAGCUUCAAACCCGCAUUGUGAAGUCUCAGGCUUCUUAUGAAAGCGGCCAGCUUCCAAAAUUAACAACGAAUUUGGACUUAUAAUUGGCGGAGCUAAUCCAAGCAUUGCUCUAAAACUCUGAACUCUUUAAAAUUCGGCGAGUUACGGGGCGCAAAAAGGGAGUCCGUCCCGGCAACUGGGAGAAAAUGGCGCACGACGGAAGGUUGGAGGAAGGAGAAGAGAAAGAAAGUUUCCGCUGAGUGAGUGUUACUUUUCAAGCCCUUGAACACGAACUACAAAGUGUCGAGGCAAAGCUACUACUGAAAUAACUGCUGGGGGGAAAGUAUUGGAGGUAUCUUUUGAUCGGCUCUGGACGGGUCUCUAUCUGGCAGAGGCAAAUUGCAAAACUACUCAUAGCACUCCUCCAUUUUAAGUGAAGAGGAUUUCAGCCACACUGGGCUAGCAAAAAAGAUUUGGACUGUGGAAAUAAAGAGAACUCUGAUGAUAGAAAAAGCAUGGUGUGGUGGCUUUCAUAUUGAUUUUUAACAGCCUCUUGUGGGGUUAAGAACAGUAUUAAAGGAGUAUCAAAGGAACAAAGAAAGACAAUGGGGAAUUAACCCCCCCUUCCCCUCAUUGCUAUCGGGAGGAAGAAGAAGCCGGAAACUACACUUCGGGUAUCUGGGAGUCUUACACAACCCUGCGCGUGGUUUGAAAUAACCUUGUGGAUUGAACCGACAAGCGGUGGAAGACAGAAGAAGAGAAGAAAAUGUAUGGGGGAUUACAAACAAACUCUUAUCUUUUACUCUUUGGGAUAGCUGUUUGAGGAUUCCCGGGCUUGCCUCUCUGCUCUGCUGCUCUUUGUGUGCCUGAGGACGUGGGGAGAGGAAAGACAAAAGUGACUGAAGUGAUGGGAGCGACGAGGCAGCUAGCAGACUAGGUGCUGCCACCGUGUGGGGAGCUAAAAAAACUACACUUCAAAAGUAUAGAAGGUGGGGAAAUGCGACCCCUGGUGGUUUUUUGGAACAUUGCACUGACUGAUCUUGUGUAAUAUAUAUCUAAGAUUUCUGGGAAAAAUGGGAAAAAGGGAAUAGGGACCCCAGCAGAAAGACGCCCAUCUAGGCAACAAAAUGGAAAAGAAAGUAGAGAGUAUGAGAGCUUAUUGGGGGAAAAUAAGGAAAGAAUUUAAGCAAAAUGAGCAAUAUAGAGAGAGAAAAUUACUGAAAGUCCAGGAAGCCUUAGAUAAAAAAUUGGAAGUGGUGGUGGGAGAGUUGACAGGGAAGGUAAAAGACUUGGAAAUAAGAACUAAGGUUGUAGAAGACUCAGCGAAACGUACACAGAAAGAUUUAAAGGAAGCAAAAAGAGAGACAGAACAAAUUAGAGGAGAAAUUACAGAAAUGAAUAGGGUACAGGAAGAGAUGUUGGAUAAGCUAUUUCUUUUGGAGAUGAGACAAAAGCAAUUAAAUUUGAAAUUUAGGUGGAUUCCGGCGAUGGCAAAUGAGAACAUAAGAGCUAAAAUAAUAAGAGAACUGGCUGGGUGGAUGGAACUAAGAGAAGAAGAUAUUGGAUCAAUGAUAAUGAACGUCUUUAGAAUAAAGGUAAGAUCAGUGAAAGCAAGGGCAAAAAAGCUUCCAGGGAACGUUUUAGUUAUGUUCAAUUCAAUGGACAUAAGAAAUGAAAUAUUGAGAUUGAACUACAAUAAAAAUUUAUGCAUAGAUGGAAAGACAAUUUUCAUUUUUAAGGAAGUCCCAGCCAGAUUUUUGCGACGAAGAGACAUUUAUAAACAAAUGGUGAGUUUAUUGAAAAAGAAGGGAAUCCAACACAGGUGGGAAUUCAAGGAGGGAAUUUCCUUUUACUUUAAAGAUAAAAGAUUCAAAUUAAGCAGUCCUCAAGAGCUAGAAAAAUUAUCCAGAAGAUAUGACAAAGAUCUGGGGAAGACAGAGAAAAUAAAACCAAGACGGGAUCAGAAGGAGGAAGGAAAGGAGAAGGAGAAAGAGGAAGAACAACAGGAAGAAGAGGAGGAAGAAGAGGAAGAGAGAGAAGAAUCAGAAGAAGAAAACAACAACAAAGACCA